AAUAAAAUUGCAAAGUUCGUUUGCGUGCGUGGCAUAAAAAAUGGAGUGAAAAAUAGGAAAAAAUGGAGAAAUUCUAACGCAGCUGUUUCUUCAUAUAUAUCUUAGCGGGGAUAUCGGCUCGAUGUUUUUCGUUUAUACAUGUGUGCGAUUGAGUUUAUAGCGCACGAGCGGUCUCUCUGAUGAUGUCAGAUUUAUAUAAGAGUUUAACGUUAUCAAUUCACGGAAACAAUUGUAACGAAUGCGAAGCAAAUAUUUGGAAGAAACGCUCGAAGCAUAUCAAAAUUACGCUAAAUUGCUGAAAAAUUACAACACUAUCUUUUUCUCGGUAAUCAUAACGUCGCAAUAUUUCAGAAAUGUCAUAACUAUUCGCUCGCGUGACAAAUUAUUGCACAGUAGCUGCAACGGGGACACAAUUAGCGCUAAUCGCUAAUUUUUAAUUUAUCGCGAUUAACUAAAUGUCGCGUCCGUACAUUUUUUUUUCCGUUGAUUUAUCUCGUGGAUGAGAUCACGAUUCGGAAAUAUUCCAAGAGCACCGUCGACGUAGGAUUAACUGUCAAGCUGAACUGUUGCCGCGGCCGACCUUGAAGAUUAUACGAUUUAACGAGACCGCAAUCGCGAUGAUGACUGUCGAUUUUGACGAGCGGCCGUCCUCGCUAAAUUCGUCCCGAGUCUCGUUCUUUUUUUUUUCUCUCUCUCUUUUCCGCGAGAUGCGCGUCACAAUUAAGUAUCCCGUUCGCGGUUUUCGAGGCUGCGCGCGAAGGUGUCAGGGCCGGUUUCUCAACAACGCGACCUCAAGGUCUUAUUGGGUAAAUAAACACGGUUGGAAGAACGUUUUACGCCACCGGCCUAGAACGACCUGUCCUGUUGCCGGUGUGUGCACGGAUAUUGAAACAUCGAUAUAAAUAUUUGUCACGCGUCUACCUCGAUGGAAUAGUAGUGCAAUCGUUGAGCAAUCGCGAUUCACCGGCUUAAGUUGCACGCAAAAACGAUGGCACCAAAAAAUAAAGAAAAUAACGCCAAACGAAAAAAGCAGAUAGAGGAGGUAGGAGGAGACGAGGACUAUCGGAAGCGGCGGGAUCGGAAUAACCAGGCCGUAAAACGAUCCAGAGUAAAGAGUAAAUUACGCACGCAACAAACAUUAGAACGAGUAAAUCAGCUGAAAACGGAGAAUGAACUGUUGGAGGAGAAGAUUAAAAUGCUUACAAAGGAGCUAGGGUUUCUCAAGGAUCUCUUUCUUGCACAUGCAGGUUCCAGUCAACACUCUAUAAACAUUCAAGAUCUAGAUCUAAGUUCUCUUCUGGCCGAAGAUAAAUCUACGGUAGAUGUGCUAAAGACGACUACGGCCGAGCUGUAAACUGAUGCAAGCACCACGUGAAGAAAUCAGCGUGGUAUUGAAUUUGAAACAAGAGAAAGCAAGUGCUCGCUUAAUCGAAAGAGUAGUCAUCUUGGAAAGAUGUGCUCUUUAAACUUAUUGGAAAAUAUUUAAAACGCGAAAAGCGUUUUCUUGAAUGCGAGCCUUCCGGGUUGCAGCGUCGUCGAAAAUUAUCAUCGAUCAAAUUUAUAGUUUAUUGACAACUAAUAACAGCAAGAGAUAUGGCAAAAGUCGUCUUAUGAUAAAAUCGAGUACAAAAGUAUUCAUGCUGAUCAGUCAAUAGAGAUGUUACGAUCUUUGAUCUAAAUAGUACAAAAGAUGGACGAAUUAAGUACUAAUAUGUAUAUAUUAUACUUGACAUUGUAUCUUUGUAAUGUGUACCUUAGAAAAUGUGCUUUUAUCAUGUAUAGGUG